AAUGUAGCGUGUCGUGUACAGACAAUAGUAUUCAUACAAGACAGCAAUACCAUUAAUUACAGGCGACUUUAAUGCAUUGUUAUACAUCAUUUGCAUAAACGGAGUGUCACGGCUUUAAAACCACUUGUUGAGGACCAAGUAUCAUCAGACUUGUAGCUUGCCUCCUAACAACAAGUAGGACAUAUUAACUGGAAAGUUUCCGUAGAUUCUCUGAUCACAGACACAAUGAAGUCCGUAUUUAUAAUUGCCUUAGUGUUGUGUGUGAUGGUAGCUCAUGUCCGAUCACAGGCCCCUGGAGCCAAUGCCAAGGCGAUGAACGAACAAAGAGCAAGGUUAGCUUUAUUAGCCAAAGCUCAGAUGGCACAACGCCAAAGUGGAGGAAUGAACAGUAUGUUUCCCAUGGCAAUGAUGAUGGGCGGGAACGAUAAUGUUCUGCCAAUGAUGAUGAUGUCACAAAUGAUGGGAGGAGGAGGAGGAGGUGGCAUGCGACAAGGCCUUCCUUUUAAUAAUAUGGCCAAUAUGUUUUUAUUUAGCGAAAUGGGAAUGUUCUAAAUAUAUUUGAAAUACUAAUAUAGAACUUUAAAUAAGUUAAGGAGGGGAUCUACAAUUAAAUUUUGUAAUAUGCGAAUUUCUUUUUAAAAGGGUAUAAGAUAAAAGAAGAAAAUGUUGCACGUUUUGAAAACCGGAUAAUAAUAUUACCAAUGAAAUAUUCACCUAGUGAAUGUAUUAAUUUACUUGUCAGUAUUAACAGAAUAGGACAAUUCAAUAAAUCUUAUAGAAUGUGCAAUACUUUAAACUGACACAUUCAAGUUAUCACACAGCUCAUAGGAUAGAUAGAUGUACUUGUCUGUACAGGCAUUGGUGAAAUAUAGUCAAGAAGCUGAAUAAUGUCGUUACACGUUGUUUUAUUGUACAUAUAUGUAUAUAUCUAUGUUGAUUUGUUCAAAAGUUGCUGCUAAUAUUUUAUGCUGUGUAUAUUCGCUAACAUUAACCGCAAAUUCAUGUUUAUACGCACAUUUCUGUACAAAAUAAACUCAGAUUUUCUCAUUCAA